UAUGUUUUUGUAAUUGUGCUUUCCUAGAAGAAGAAAAAAGACACGGUAUGUGCUUUCUGAAAAAAGAAAAGCACAGUUGUGUUUCCCGAAAAAAAUACAGAUUACUAGUAGUUCACAUGAUUGGAAUAUGGCUCCCGUAUGCAUGCUAUUCUGGGACUGAGGAAUGCCUUUCUAUGGUGGACCCUGAGGUCGGACUCUUGCUGCUUGAUUUUCGAUCGAACGGGAUUUGGGCACGGUUCAAAAUACAGAACGCUCUAGAGAACAUGCGAUCAUUUGGGCACGGUUAAGAGAAAUUUUACCAAAUCCCUAGUCAACAUCAGCCACAGCCGCGCCCCCGCCGUGGUGAUGGACACGCGAGCAUUUCGUGUCCUGCCAACCUCAUGCCCUCCUAAAUCCACGCUAACCAUUACCAGACCCAAGCACGGACGAGCAUGGGCAGAGCAGAGCAGAGCCAAGCACGCGAGCUCUCACCAGCACGGCACGACCGGCGCUCCGUCCUCCCUGGCCAUGGCUCGCGCGCACGGCGCAUUCCUGCUGCAGCUGCUGGCCGCGGGCCUGCAGGUCGUCGCGCUCGCGGCGACCAUCACAGUCACACAGACGGACGACCCGCGGUGCCGGCCGAGCCUGCCGCGGCGGGGCGCCAUCGCGGUGUACCCGAGCGACAUGGAGCAGCUGCAGUUCCUGCUCAACCCCAAGUUCGUGGAGGCGGAGUGGUUCCUCCACGCCGCGCUGGGCCGCGGCAUCGACUACCUCGACCGCAACCUCUCGGCGGGCGGGCCGGCCCCCGUCGGCCCGCGCAAGGCCAGCCUCGACUUCCGCACCACCGAGAUCGCCGCGGAGCUCGGGUACCAGGAGGUGGGCCACAUCAGGGCCAUCACGCAGGCCAACGGCGGGUUCCCGCGCCCGCCCAUCGACCUCAGCGCCGACCGCUUCGCCGCCAUCAUGGACGACGCCCUGGGCGCGCGCCUCGACCCGCCCUUCGACGCCUACAACGGCACCGUCAACUUCCUCCUCGCCUCCUACAUCCUGCCCCACGUCACCGCCGCCGCCGCCGUCGGCAUCAGCCCCAACCUCAUGGGCUACGCCUCCAAGCGCCUCCACGCCAGCGUCCUGGCGGUGGAGGCCGGGCAGGACGCGGUGAUCAGGAUGCUGCUGUACCAGCGCGCCGACGAGACGGUGGCGCCCUACAAGGGGCGCACGGUGGCCGAGUUCACGCGCCGGAUCUCCGACUGGCGCAACGAGCUGUCCGGCUGCGGCGCCAAGGACGAGGGGGUCAAGGUGCUGGACCGGCAUCAGGGCGCGGAGCGACGCACCAUCAGCAACAUCCUCGGCGCCGGCGUGGACUCGCUCGGGUACCAGCGCACCCCGGCGGAGGCGCUGCGCAUCCUCUACGGCUCGCGCAACGAGCAGGUCCCCGGCGGGUUCCUGCCCCGGGGCGCCAACGGCACCAUCGCCAGAGGAUUUGUCCAGCUCGCAUAGAUGUCGCUGCAGCUCGAGGACUCAGCCGGUGCUUCCAUUCCACCUCUUUCGUGCUACCCAUGGACUGAAACAGGCACAAUAAAAACAUUGCGAUCUAUAUUUUGAAAAGAAAAUUUGUCUCGAGACCAAAUUCAGUUUACAGCUCGAGAAACAAAAUGCCAGGUGUGAGUCGGAACUUUAUACAAAACUGAAAUGGGAUUUUGCACAGAGAUUCAUAGGGAUUUUUAUUUAUUUAUUUUGGUUAAUCAAAUAGUGUGGGA